UUGCCACCAAGCCACCGCCGUGAAUUAGUGUGCGUGUUCCCCGGGCGGUAGCCUAGAGGUCCAGCAAAGUGCUCGCCAGAACCAGAUUAAUCAUGGAGCUCAUCAGUGGCGAUCAGAGUUUCAGUGAACUUUUCCAAGCCCAAACUCUUGUCCUGAACCACACGUUCGGCAUCGCCAGCUCCAUGUCCCUCAAGUGCGCUGUUGAGCUCGGCAUCGCCGACCUCAUCUACAGCCAUGGCCGCCCCAUGUCGCUCUCCGAGCUGGCGAGAUCCAUUCCCAUCCCUCCGGAGAAGGAGCCCUUUCUCGGCCGCCUCAUGCGCCUCCUGGUGAGCCAGGGCAUCUUCGAAGCUCAAAGCAAACGCGAUAAUUAACGAUAAGGAGACUGCCGUCUACCUCCUCAUUCCCCUUUCGACUCCUCCUCAUGACCCAGGGCACCAGCAUGUCCGCCUUCGUUCGGGCCAUCUUGGACCCCGCGCUCGUUCGUGAAGCCAUGGCACCACAUAAAAGACGGGUUCAAGGGAGAAUAAUGCUCGACUCCCUUCAAGCUGGCCCAUGAUGGCAAGGUCUUUUGGGAACUCGCCGAAGAGCGGCCGGAGCUCAAUGACAUGUUCAAUGAGGCGAUGGCAUGCAACGCUUGCUGGGUGAUGAAGGCCGUGGUGACCGAGUGCGCCCAGUUCUUUCGGGGGCUCCAGAUGCUGGCGGACGUUGGUGGCGGGACGGGAAUCGCCGCAAGGAUAAUUACCGAGGCCUUCCUGGAGGGUAUUCUUCAUGAUUGGAGUGAUGGGGACCUGUAUAAAGAUAUUGAAACGAUGCAACAGAACAAUUCCUCCUAAAGAAGAGGGCGGAAAGGUCAUCAUCGUGGACAUGGUGCUAAACCUUCAUAGCGACAAUCCAAAAAUAACUGAGACACA